GCUGAUUCUAUAUUAAAAACCCAGAGCUUACCUUCCACAGGUACGGGCUGAUUCUAUAUUAAAAACCCGGAGCUUACCUUCCACAGGUACGGGCUGAUUCUAUAUUAAAAACCCGGAGCUUACCUUCCACAGGUACGGGCUGAUUCUAUAUUAAAAACCCGGAGCUUACCUUCCACAGGUACGGGCUGAUUCUAUAUUAAAAACCCGGAGCUUACCUUCCACAGGUACGGGCUGAUUCUAUAUUAAAAACCCGGAGCUUACCUUCCACAGGUACGGGCUGAUUCUAUAUUAAAAACCCAGAGCUUACCUUCCACAGGUACGGGCUGAUUCUAUAUUAAAAACCCGGAGCUUACCUUCCACAGGUACGGGCUGAUUCUAUAUUAAAAACCCGGAGCUUACCUUCCACAGGUACGGGCUGAUUCUAUAUUAAAAACCCGGAGCUUACCUUCCACAGGUACGGGCUGAUUCUAUAUUAAAAACCCGGAGCUUACCUUCCACAGGUACGGGCUGAUUCUAUAUUAAAAACCCGGAGCUUACCUUCCACAGGUACGGGCUGAUUCUAUAUUAAAAACCCGGAGCUUACCUUCCACAGGUACGGGCUGAUUCUAUAUUAAAAACCCAGAGCUUACCUUCCACAGGUUUCCCCUGAGCAAGCCCCACCUCCUGCAGGAGUGGCUGGAGAACAUCGGGCGUGCGGACUUCUGUCCCAAGAGGCACAUGGUGAUCUGCUCCCAGCACUUCACCCCGGAGAGCUUCAGCAGCUACGGGAACCGCAAGAACCUCACCUGGAACGCCGUGCCCACCCUCUUCAACGCCACCCAGGGCCAGCCCAAGGUGAGACGGUACGGCAAGCUUCUGAAGCAGCUGAAGAAUGACCCUGACCCCUCACCUGUGACCCCGACGACCCCUGUGGCUCCCGCGGGGGAGGAGUCAAGGCAGUGUUCACGCUGUCAGGGGGUGGAGCCAGUCAAGGGGGAGCAGGACCGGAGCCAGCCUCCACACACACAGGUACAGAUCAGGAGUCAAGCAGGACCGGAGCCAGCCUCCACACACACAGGUACAGAUCAGGAGUCAAGCAGGACCAGAGCCAGCCUCCACACACCCAGGUACAGAUCAGGAGUCAAGCAGGACCGGAGCCAGCCUCCACACACACAGGUACAGAUCAGGAGUCAAGCAGGACCAGAGCCAGCCUCCACACACACACACAGGUACAGAUCAGGAGUCAAGCAGGACCAGAGCCAGCCUCCACACACCCAGGUACAGAUCAGGAGUCAAGCAGGACCAGAGCCAGCCUCCACACACACACACAGGUACAGAUCAGGAGUCAAGCAGGACCGGAGCCAGCCUCCACACACACAGGUACAGAUCAGGAGUCAAGCAGGACCGGAGCCAGCCUCCACACACACAGGUACAGAUCAGGAGUCAAGCAGGACCAGAGCCAGCCUCCACACACACAGGUACAGGAGUCAAGCAGGACCGGAGCCAGCCUCCACACACACUGGUACAGAUCAGGAGUCAAGCAGGACCAGAGCCAGCCUCCACACACACAGGUACAGAUCAGGAGUCAAGCAGGACCGGGGCCAGCCUCCACACACACAGCACCCCCCGGAGCCGGUAUCGCGCGAGCACAGCUACGCACUCUCGGACCUGCGGGUGAUGAAGGCGCGGUUCUUCGGUGCCGUGGAGUCCAACGCCAAGCUGCGCAAGAGGUUAAAGGUGAAGGUCGAGAUCAUCCGCCGCACCAAACUCAAGCUGCAGGCAGCCAAUCGGGAGCUGGAGAGGCUGCGGGCAGCCAAUCGGAGCACCGCGGGGGCGGACCCUGUGUGAACACUGAGCUCACAGGUUACAGGGACGCAGCCAGCCAGGCGAAAAACAUGCUUUAUAAAAGAGGGGCUUUGAAAUGCAUUAUUCUUACCUCCUGUUAGCGCAGGGAUGGAAGUAAGACUCCAGUUUCAGCUUGAUUAGCUCCAGUGUGUAGAGCUAACAAGUUCAGGUGUGCCUUAUUAUUAGUUUAUUUAGCAGACGUCUUUAACCAAGGAAACUUACAGAGACCAGGGUGUGUGAACUGUGCAUCAGCUGCAGAGCCACUUACAACAGCGUCUCACCCGAAAGACGGAGCACAAGGAGGUGAAGCGACUUGCUCAGGGUCACACACAGGGUCACGCACACGGUCACACCUCCUGGUUACAAACCCUUUUCUUUAACCACUGGCCCACGCAGCCUCAGUGAAACCAGGAGUGGAUCAGACUGCUAUGCAACGCGAGUCUUGCCUCCAUCCCUGCAGUAUCAAGCAACACGACCCCAGCCCCUCGUUUAGGACUGCGAUCCGAGACUGGGCUGAAACCAGCAGAAGCGCUCUCACACCGUACUCUGAAAUUAGAAAGCGGUCUGGUAUUGAUCCAGCUGCAAUGGAGAGCCUACCUGCCGCACCCACACUGGCAGUGCCAGUCUUGUGUGUCCAGCCUGGCUGCUUGUUGGGUGUUCUGGCUGGGAUCUGCACUUUGAGGUGGGUCGUGUGUGUUCAUGACUUCACACACACACACACACACACACACACACACACUCCCUUCUCUAAAGCUACUGGCUUUCAGAGUGUGAUUUGAUUGUGUUAUUCUUAUUGUUCAAGAUCGAAAAUAAUCAAAGAAUGAGACAAAAUCAUUUUUCUUGUGGUGUUUUUUUUUUAAUCAUGGCGUUACAGACCCCAAUGCAUUCUGGUUAAUGUAGUCCUGCUGUGAAAGGUACCUGAGACAGGUAAACUGUACCAGAAUGCAUUGCGAUGCGAGUUGAAAAGCCUGAACUGUCCCAUUCUGUCCCAGUGUGCGUGGAGUCACGGGGUAACCACAAUUAUCAUAAUUACCCAUCAUUCUGACCCACACCCGGCACUCUGACCCACACCGGGUGCAGUGACAUCAUGAACAGUGUCAGGUUUCUCCCCCACUGCGUGGGAACUGGGAGACAAAGAGAAUCCAGCUUACUGGUCCAGAACGGUCAGGUGGCUGUUAAGGAAAACGUGGACUGGAUGUUUGGAAAACAAGCUCAAAAUAAACCAGUUUUCCAGAGAGAAAGAGGGGAGUCGCAUGUGGCUGAGAGUAAAGCAGUCAACACUGACAGUACUACAAUAAGAGGCUGAGGCU